CUGGACAACAUGGCCAUUGGGCCUGUCCUGUGGCUGGGCCCUCUGUUCAUGAUUUCCUUCUGGAGGCUGUCAGCUCCAGCCUUCCUUCUUAGGCAUCUGGGUGAGCACAUUCAGAGAUUUCAAGAGAGCUCUGGCCUGGGCCUUGGUCUAGGUCUGGGGACAGGUGCUAUGGCUCUCCCAAAAGUAGGAUGGCUGGAGCAGCAGCUUGACCCCUUCAAUGUAUCUGACAGACGAUCUUUCCUGCAGCGUUACUGGGUGAAUGAUCAACAUUGGACUGGCCCAUAUGGACCCAUAUUUCUGCAUCUGGGGGGUGAGGGGAGCCUCGGACCUGGCUCAGUUAUGAGAGGACACCCGGCAGCCCUGGCCCCAGCCUGGGGGGCCCUAGUCAUCGGCCUGGAACACAGAUUUUAUGGCCUGAGUAUACCUGUUGGGGGUCUGGAGAUGGCCCAGCUCCGCUUCUUAUCCAGCCGUCAUGCGUUGGCUGACGUGGUCUCUGCCCACCUGGCACUCUCCCGUCUCUUCAACGUCUCCUCCUCCAGUCCCUGGAUCUGCUUCGGAGGCUCCUAUGCCGGCUCCUUGGCCGCCUGGGCCCGGCUGAAGUUCCCCCAUCUCAUCUUCGCCUCCGUCGCCUCCUCCGCCCCGGUGCGAGCAGUGCUGGAUUUCUCCGAGUACAAUGAAGUGGUGUCCAGGAGCCUAACCAGCACGGCGAUUGGCGGGUCUCUGGAGUGCCGGGCGGCGCUGUCCGCCGCCUUCGUGGAAGUGGAGCGGCGGCUGCGCGCGGGCGGGGUGGCUCGAGCAGCGCUGCGGACGGAGCUAGGCGCGUGCGGGACCCUGGACCGAGCUGAAGACCAGGCGGAGCUGCUGGGGGCGCUGCAGGCGCUGGUGGGAGGCGCGGUGCAGUACGACGGGCAGGCGGGAGCGCCGCUGAGCGUGCGACAGCUCUGUGGAUUGCUCCUCGCGGGCGGAGGCAACCGCAGCCACCCCGCGCCCUACCGGGGGCUUCGUCGAGCAGUGCAGAUGGUCAUGCACAGCGUGGGCCAGAAGUGUUUAAGCUUUUCCCGAGCAGAAACAGUGGCACAGCUGAGAGCUACAGAACCCCAAGUUUAUGGCGUGGGUGACCGGCAGUGGUUGUACCAGACAUGUACUGAAUUCGGCUUCUAUGUCACCUGCGAGGAUCCUAGAUGUCCUUUCUCCCAGCUCCCAGCACUGCCCUCCCAGCUAGACCUAUGUGAACAGGUGUUUGGGCUUUCAGCCUCAUCUGUAGCCCAGGCUGUGGCCCAAACAAACUCCUAUUAUGGUGGCCAGAUGCCUAGGGCCACCCAAGUGCUGUUUGUUAAUGGAGACAUAGACCCCUGGCAUGUGCUAAGUAUAACACAGGCCUUGGGCUCCUCAGAGUCGGCUCUUUUAAUCCCUGCUGCCUCCCACUGCUUGGACAUGGCACCUCAGAGGCCCUCAGACUCCCCUAGCCUCCUCCUAGGGCGCCAGAGCAUCUUCCAGCAAGUGCAGACCUGGCUCAGGCUGGCAAAGGAGAGCCAGGUUAAGAGUGGGCUCUGAGUCCUACACCCUCGCCACUCCCUGCAUGGCCACCUCAGCCCUGGACAUAUUCAUUCACUGGACAAAAGAAAGCA